UCGAUUGAUUCUGCACAUGCGCUUCAGUGAUGCACGGGGAACGGAAGUGACUGGAAUUGUGACGUGUUGUUAGACGAGAAAGAAAUGGAGAUGGACAGCCGACCUUCCUGAUGUGUCAUGGCCUGCCGGUGUUGCCAGCGCUGCGGGCUUUGCUCGCGCUCCUCUGUAUACACAUUACUCUUAGGGGCUGGGUUUGUGACUUUGGGCACCAGCCGCAUUCUCCUGGUCAAGUUUUCUGCUAAUGCAGAAAAUAAAUAUGACUACCUACCUGCCUCUGUCAAUGUCUGUGCAGAGGGUCUGAAACUAAUCUUUUGUAUAGUGAUGUCACUGCGGGUCAUGAUACAAGAGGGACGGUCGUACAAAGACUGGGGCUGCUACUCCUGGAGAGAUUUUCUGAAUUACAUGAAAUGGUCCGUUCCUGCUUUACUCUACUUUCUUGACAAUUUAAUUGUCUUCUAUGUGUUGACCUACCUCCAGCCUGCUAUGGCAGUGUUGUUUUCCAAUUUUGUCAUCAUUACAACAGCCAUUCUCUUUAGGAUUGUGCUAAAGAGACGUUUAUCUUGGGUGCAGUGGGCUUCUCUUGUGAUCCUGUUUCUCUCCAUUGUGGCCCUGACGACCGGGACUGGAGAGAGUCAGAACACCAUCGCUGCACAUGGAUUUCACCCCAACCCCUUCGUCCUUCCCUCCAACAGCUGCCUCCAUUUCACCCAGCUGGGAGACAAGCCCCUGAACAGCAAUUCCACAGUGGGUGAGACAUUCUCAAGCUUCCCUUGGAACAGGGAGGCCUUCAAAAAGCUCAGUAGCUUGGGCCUGGGGCAUGUCCUCCUAAUAGUACAGUGCUUCGUGUCUUCCAUGGCCAACAUCUACAACGAGAAGAUCCUGAAAGAGGGGGACCAGCUGAUGGAGAGCAUCUUCAUACAGAACAGCAAGCUAUACAUCUUUGGGGUGGUUUUUAAUGGCCUCACAUUGGUUUUAAACUCUGACUACCGGUCCCAAGCGCAGCACUGUGGGUUCUUCUUUGGGCACAAUGCCUACUCGCUGGCCCUCAUCUUUGUCACUGCUGCCCUGGGGUUGUCGGUGGCGUUCAUCCUGAAGUUCAGGGACAACAUGUUCCAUGUGCUCACAGGCCAGGUUACCACUGUUCUCAUCACCACCGCUUCAAUCUUUAUAUUUGACUUCAAGCCCUCCCUGGAUUUUUUUGUUCAAGCCCCUGUUGUGCUGAUGGCUAUAUUCAUUUACAACGCCAGCAAGCCUCGGGACCCAGAGUAUGCCCUGCAGCAAGAGAAGAUGAGGGUUAUCAAUGGUGAACUCUAUGAACGGUCCAGAGGGGAUGGAGAGGAACUGGAGCGGCUAACCAAACCCAACACAGACUCUGACACAGAAGAUUCUUUUUAGUUUCUUCAUCUCUAACAUGCUCAGAUACUAUUUAAGAGCAUCAGUGACUUGUGCUGGUGCUGUGAAGACAUGUUGUCAAAUGAACUUUGCUUGUCUGUAACGAGAGCAAUACAGCUGCAAAUAUAAAAAGAUAUAGGUUAUAAAAGGAACUGAUGUGAGAUGCCAAAGACAUUCCUGCACAUUGCUCAGGCAAUGGACAUUGUAACAAUACUGUUUCAUGCACCCAUUUCAUACAACACAGCCACAAUUUACAAGAAGACAUUCCGAAUCAUUGGUAAAACGUGUUCGCAAUAAGGCUAUCAUUGCUUCAUUUCCAUUUUGAGUGGCUUUUGUUUAUAUAAUUAAAUGUGCAUUUAAACUGUGGGAAGAGUGUAAACAUGCUAAGUAUUCUGUGUUGUACAGUUUGGGCAUUCUCCAGUUUUUAAAUCUGACAGAUGUGUAAUUUUGAAAUAAGUGGUGAAAGUAGGUCACAUUUCAUUUUUUGAAAACCGGUUUGUGUCUUAUUUAAUGUUUUUCUUGGCACAAUGUUGUAAUAUAUAAAUAAAUAAAUACAUAAUUAUAAAAAAAAA